UUUAUAUUUGAAUAGAAAUACAACAAUGAAUCGAAAACGACCCAGAAAAGACAUUUCACAUAUAUCGAAGAGACACUUAAAUCGCCUAGCUGCAGAAGAAUCAAAACUUAUAUGUGACAGUGUAUUAAAUACAAGUGUAUUGUCAGAUAAUGAGAAUUAUAAAAAUCCAGAAUAUUUGAAAACCGGUUCCACAAAUAAUUCACAUAAUCGUUAUGAGACAUUUGCUACUGAAAAUGAUUCUAUUUAUGGACAAAAUAAUAUAUCUAUAAAAUGUGAAAAUGAGGAAUAUCUGGAAUUGAAUGAAUCUGAUUCAGAACAAUCAUCUAUGAGCAUUUAUCAAGAAUCUUCUCAAGAAUCACUACCUUAUAUUGCAGCUAAAAAAGCAAAUACAACAGACAAUUUUAAAAAUAGUCUUGCUGUGUGGACUACAAAACAUCAAAUUUCACAUACGCUGUCAGAGAUUUACUUGAAAGAUUAAACCAACAUUCUUGUUUCUCAACAUUAUCGUUAGACGCACGCUCACUUCUAAAAACACUAAGAAGACAAGAGAUACGUACAGUAACAUCGGGAAUAUACCAUCAUUUUGGAUUACUGAAUUCUCUCUUAGAUAUAUUGAAAUCUAUAAAGGAUGAUAUUGAUUGUAUUAAACUAAGUAUCAAUAUUGAUGGAUUGCCACUGUCUAAAUCAUCCUCACAACAAUUUUGGCCUAUAUUAGGUUCAGUUAGUCCAUACAAUAAUGUCUUUCUAAUCGGACUUUAUCAUGGAAAUGAUAAGCCAGCAAAUGCCAACGAUUUUUUGAAAGAUUUUGUUGAUGAAGUUACAAAUAUAUGCGAAAAUGUCAUUGACAUAAAUGAUCGUAACAUACCAUGUAGACUUGUGGCUUUAAUUUGUGAUACACCAGCGAAAGCAUUCGUUCUGUGUGUAAAGGGACAUUCGGGAUAUUUCAGUUGUACCAAGUGUCGAAUAGAAGGAGAAUUUGUAAGAAAUCGAGUAUGUUUUCCACAAGUUGAUGCACCACUUCGAACAGAUGAUGAGU